AAACCUCUUUCAAUCCUCCGGGGAAGUGGAUACCUCAUACCGCUCUCUUCUUCCCCAAACGCAAUAAAAAAGAUGGGAUAAACCGAAGUGGAAGAAGAAGAAGAAGAAGAAGAACGAAGCGUGUAAACUCAUAGCUCUCCAAAGAAAAGUAAAAAGAAAAAAGCGUAGUAAGGGAAAAGAGGGAGCUACACAAAUGGGGUUCGUAGUGAGCUCUUCGAGCUUCUUGUGCUCGCCAAUGUCCGCACCCUCCUCCCACCACGCUCCGUCGUCCCCACUCUUACUACUCUGCCCUAAGAGGAGAUCCACAGCGAAGAAGGUGUUCGCGGUGAGCUCCAGCGAUGGCGAUGGUGAUCUCAGUGGGAGUUCGUCGAACAGGAGAGCGAUACUCCUUGUAGGUGUCUCGGUUUUGCCCCUCUUUCACCUCAGAGCGAUUGCUGUGGAAAAUUUGGUUAAAGGUGCAUCAACUCAUGAUGCCUCACCAAUGCCCCUUGAGGCAUUUGAGCAGAGCCUCAACUUGAAGCAUGAGGCUACCUUGUCUCAAAUAAGUUUUUCUCGAAGAAAAAAGAAUUUAUAUAAAGACAGUAUAGCAAAGCCAGAAGUGCAAGGUGCUUCAGAUGAAAAUACUGUAGUAAAGCCAGAAAAGGAAGGUAUUUCAGAUGAAGAAAAUGUAGUAAAGUCAGAAAUCCAAGGUAUUUCAGAUGAAGACAAUGUAAUUAAACCCGAAAUUCAUGGGCUCCAACAAGCAGGGAAGGAAGUUUUAUUGCAGGAGCCUAACCAAUCUGAGCCAGUAAAGUUACAAGAAGGACCGGGAAAUCCAUUUGUAUCUCUCCUAAAUGGGCUUGGAAUAGUGGGGUCGGGCAUUCUCGGUGCAUUAUAUGCGACAUCUCAAAAGGAAAAGGCAGCUCUUGAAUUGAGCAUUGAAUCUAUGAAAACCAAACUGGCCAAAGAUGAAGCAGCAGCAUCUUCAAUGAAGGAAAACUAUGAGACAAGGUUAUUGAAUAUGCAAGAAGAACAACAGAAGCAAGCCAGGAAAUUUCAGGAGGAGGAAGCUUCUCUGUUAAACCAGUUGUCCUCUGCAAAAAGCACUUGUGUAGCCUUGGGUGAAGAACUACGGAGAGAGAUAAAACUUGCUGAGGAGCUGAAAGCAGAAAUUGGUCGACUUGAAAGCAGUAUCACACAAGCUGGAGAAGAUAAAAGGAUACUUGAAUCAAAAAUCAAAGAAAAGAUCGAUGCUAUCGAUGUGUUACAAGAUAAAGUAAGCCUUCUUAGCUUAGAGAUAAAUGACAAGGAAAAGAACAUUGGUGAACUCAAGUUAUCACUUGAGAGUAAGGAAAAAGAUUAUAAAAGCCUAAGCUCUAUGUUUGUUCAGAGUAAAGGGAAUCUUGAAACUGCAAAUUCCACGAUAGAACAAUUGAAGGAAGAGAUUUCAACAAACAGAGAGGAACUAAGUGCGAAGACGUCUUCAAUUGAUUCUUUGAAUGAGAAAAUAAAAUAUUUGCAUGCAGCAAACAGUGAGAUUGAGGAAAAAAUUCAUGGUCUUGUGGAAGAUUAUGAAAAAUUGAGGUCCUCUUCUGAAAGAAGAGCAAACCUUGAUUCAGAGCUUUUAGCUAAGAAGGAUGGUCAACUCUAUGAACUCGAAGGAAAGCUCGCUUUUGCGUUAAGUGAAGCAAGCAAUGACCAUGAAUUGAUUAAAGUUUUGAAAAAAGAAAGGGAUGAUUUAAAAGUAGCAGUAGAGAGAGAAAUAGAAAGUGUGAGAAAAUUGAAAGAUGAGCUUAAAUCCACUGAAGAGGCAUUGGGAGCUACUAUACUGGAGUCUUCAAAACUUUCUAGGGAACUCAAUGAAACGAAAACUUCCUAUGAAGAACUAAAGUCCAAGCUCUCGAAAAUUCAAAGCGAGUUUAUUGAAGCAAAAGAAAUUUUGACGAAUAAUCUGGGGGAGGCAAAGUCUACAUCAGAAGCUCUUUCUAACGAGCUGGCAUCAAUUAAGGAGGUUCUCAAAAACAGACAAGAGGAAAUUGGAGCAAUGUCUAAUCAAUUGAAAGCUAUGACAGACGAUCGUGAUGACCUAAAGAAGGAAUUAUUGGAAAUCUAUAAGAAGCUAGAAUCAACAACAAAGGAGUUGAAAGAAGAAAGAAAUGUUGUUGCUACGGUAAGCAGAGAACUUGAGAUUUUAGGAAAACAAUUGCUAAGAGAUUCUGAAGCACGAAAAGCUCUCGAAUCAGACUUAGACGAGGCUACUAAAUCACUUGAUGAGAUGAAUAAGGGUGCAUUAUUGCUCUCUAAGGAGUUAGAAAACACGAAUUUGAGAACUGGCAAUCUUGAAGCAGAGAAAGAGAUGCUACUAAAGGCACUUAAUGAACAGAAGAAAGUAGCAAAGGACGCACAGGAAAAUAUAGAGGAUGCUCAAAAACUUAUUAUGAGGUUAGGGAGUGAGAGAGAGAAUUUGGAGAAGAGAUCUAAAAAGCUUGAAGAUGAAUUAGCUUCAGCAAAGGGUGAAAUAUUAAGGAUGCGGAGGGAGGUUAGCUUGAGGGGAACUACUGAUGAGAAACCUGUGAAUGAACAGCAUCAGAAGACCAGUGAAGUUGCAGCUGGGAGACCUUUAACUGUUAAAAAGACUGCUACUAAUAGGAGAAGAAAGGGGAGCUCAACAUCAUAAUUUCUUGCUAGAAUAUGGUUGAUAAAAGAUCUUUUUGUUGUUUGUUUCGUCCUGAUAUUACAUUCAAAAAGAUUUUUGGAACAACAUAGACAUUGCCGCAUCAUUCCCUUACAAGUAGCUUUGAGGGAACUUGAUUGCAUUGGCUUUGGCCAUAUCUUGCUCGGAGUUUCUAUUUCUUUGUUUGUGAUUCAUUGCAUGAAUAGAUCCUACGAUACUGAGAAGUCGAAGAGUUGAGACAUAUUGUACAUAAUCCAGAUAAGGAACCAAGCUGUCAAAAUGCAGGUAAGUUUUCUACGCUGAAAUUAUCUAAAUA